AUGGAGACUGUCUCCAGCAGAGACAUCGCUCCCUACGAGCCCUUCAUCUGCGAGCGCUUGACCAGAGAGAUUACCCUCGCCGACCCGUCCAGGCUCCUCGCCGCGCAGAGUCCGCUGUCAACGUCAACGCAACCUGCUCUUUCCUCUCUCCUUCAGGAGGCAGCGACAACGAUCCAGUUCCAUGCCAAGUGGUUCACACCUACCGGAUUGACCACCCUGCUGCAGACGGCACUCGGCAUAGCCAGCCGCUCCUCCUCCACCGCCGACCUGUACGCGGCCCUGAACCUGAUCGAUACCAUCGGAACCUACUCGGUGCUGCCAACACUUCCUCCGGCAGUCAGCUUCAUCUCCUACUGCUAUUAUCAAGGCACCCGCUCCAACCGACACAGACGUCUCACCCAAUAUGCCUGGUCCGUUGCCCUCCACAUAUUAGAGUCUCACCUCGGCGGACAGUUCGGCGGUGCCCUGCUAGACACCAUCACGGACGACGACCUCCUCCGCUCAAAGUUCAAGCUCGCAGCCUGUGUCGGUGCUCUCAUGAUAACGACGGACAAGCUGCUCUCCAAAGACGAGGACGAGGACGCGAACCAGCAGCCCAGCAUGCAUCAACCGACCAUGCACCCAACGCAGCUCCUUCACGGCAUGCGCAAAGCCGUCGCCGUCGAGACAAACCACAUACUCUCUGAACAAGUCACUAUCAUGCUGGCAAGCAUGCUGCAAAGCGACUCCAUAACCGCUGAGAUCGAGGUAGACGGUAGCUGGGACCAAUGGAUAGAUCUACUUGAACGUUGCAUUCAGGGGACAGGAGACAGAGCUGCACUUGAUCGACUCUUCAACGGCCUCCAGAAAAGCGUGUCCAAGUUUGAAGCACGUCACCAACCGCGACUGGCAGAACUGUUCGUCGAGGCGAGGAGACCACUACCAGAAGAAUUAUCCUCCCAGCUUUUGGUACCAUGGCAACGCGCACUUAUCUUGCAAGAGGACACUGUAUGGACGACAGGUUUUCGCAGCGUACUAGGAAAACUUUGCGACUCCACAUUCUACCUCAAAGAGCUGGAUGCCUUCAUCGACACCAGUGUGUCUGCCUUCUUUCAGACGGAAAACUUCGUAUCAAGACGAGACUUUGUCUUUACACUACGAACUCUCAUUCUCGAUCCAGGAACUGCACAGCCAGUCAUCGACAUCCUCGCCAAGGGGAUUGUCAAGAUAUUCAUGUACAAGACGCAAAAGGAGAAGUGGGAAGCACAGAGAAACUGGCUCUUUCCGAUACUCUGCGAGAUAGCGGAGUACAACUUGGAGGCGACACAGCUGCUUCUGAGAAUCCGCGCAGACGAGGCCGGCGAAGGAUACCUUGAGCCGAUCGCGACACAAGACUCACACCUUACAAAGCCCAUACGAGAGAGUAACUCGAGCAACUCGUCCAGCCUUUACGGUCUGACGUCCCUGUCUUUCGAUUCCUGGGUAGACGUUAUUCGGGAUACGAUCAUCGGCAAAUGCAUGCGCUGGGACGUCUACAACGCACAUCUCGUACUCCUGGCAGAUCAAAUACGAAAUCAUGCUCUCUGGCGCGAGAGAUACUCGCACAUCUCCAUCCUCUGCCACUACCUUUGCGAUACUCUGAAGCAAGAAGACUUUAUCGAGCCACCAAAGGAGACCGGACUUGGCAAAUCCUAUGUGAUUGAGAAACUUCUCCAAAUUUUGACGGCGAUGAUCAGCUACCAUAGCCAGCUCUCACGCCAGACCGUCAAGACCGCGAUCGUCACCAUCAUCAACGUCGCAGGCUCGCGAGAACACACAGUCAGCAUUCACUGUGUGCACGCACUUUCGAUAUGCUGCUUCGAAUUGCCAGAGCUGAUGGCCGGCUACAUGGAAGUGAUCAUCAGCAAGAUGACGCGAAUGGUCACGCAGAGAAAUCUUGCCCUUUACGUUUUGGAAUUCCUCGCCAGUUUAUCUCGAUUCUCAAACCUGCAGAACCGGCUUCGCCGAGACGACUUCAAGCGAAUCUUUGGCGUAUGUCACAGCUAUCUUUCGUCCAUUCGCAGUAGUACUGCACUCGAACGAAAGCGUACACCAACCAGCGAGCAGAGUGCAGGUAGAAGCAGCAGCUCCAGUGAAGACAUGGCACCAUACGUCUACGCCCUGACACACCAUGUCAUAACGUUCUGGUACAUGGCACUCAAGCGAGACGAUCGGCAUGGGUUGAAAGAGUACAUCACCAGCUGUUUGAGAUACACCGACAUUGACGGAAAAGAGCACAUUGAAGACCAAGGACUGGUCACGAUUGAUUUGAUGGACCGUGUAGAUGCAGAGGAGGGAAUCACAGCACCUUCCGAAAAAGUUUUUGACGAAAGCGACGGCCGAAUCAUCACACGCCACCGCAUGACGGGGCUACUUCUCAUCACCACCGAAACCUCCCUCCGAACUGGCAAGACCAUUGUCACCAUCCGCCGACCUUCAGGCACGGCUCAACGCACCAUCUCCACGCACCGCAGACAUGACAGUGCUCUCGCUGCAGGCAUUGAAGACCGCACAGCAUCUGUCACGGUGGAGAGCGACCUGCAAGACUACAUCACCGUCUUCCCAGAUGACAUUACCGGCCGCACAUACGGCAAAGUGGCCAUCCCUCGCCCAUCGUCUGCUCUGGGCUCCAUUGAAAUCCUCAGCCUGCCAGAAGAAGACGCAUCUGUAGCCCGCGCGAUCCACUACUUCGACUUCACGCCAGCCCUCGACACCCACAAGGCGGGCAUCAUCUACGUCGGGGAGGAGCAGACGAGCGAAGACGAGAUUUUGCUGAACCAGUCAGGCUCUCCAGACUACAGAGAGUUCCUCGAGGACAUGGGCUCGGUACGGCGGCUCAAAGGAGCCACAUUCAACACGCAAGGGCUGGACCGCGCAGACGACAACGACGGCGCCUACACGAUCGUCUGGAACAACGAGGUGACGGAGCUGGUGUACCACGUCACCACGCUCAUGCCCAGCGACGCCCACGACGACAAGCAGACCGUCAUCAACAAGAAGCGCCACAUCGGCAACGACUAUGUGAACAUAGUCUUCAACAACUCCGGUCGCCCCUUCCGCUUCGACACCUUCCCGUCGGCCUUCAACCGCGUCUACGUGGUCAUCUCCCCCUCGGAGCGCACGUCCUUUGUGCAGGCGCGCGAGAUCACCGCCGCCAAGGACAAGAAGGCGCGCUUCUACAAUGUGCACGUGCUCACCCGGGCCGGCUACCCCAACCUCUCGUCGGCGGGUGAGGUGAAGGUGGUGUCGGGCGCCUGCCUGGGUGGGUACGUGCGCAACCUGGCGCUGAACGCGUGCGUCUUCUCGAAGAUGUGGGAGGCGGGGGGUGAGGGGGAGUAUCCCUCUUCUUGGCGGCAGAGGCUGCAGAUGAUCCGGCGGCUGUACGAGCAGCACCGCCCCAAGUGGGCGCAUGAAUGA